AAAACAACUAAAUUAAAUAAGGCAGUACAUGUUUUCUUAAGGUAUGUUUGGUUUCCCAUUUCCCUCAAACCAAACAUACCCUUAAUAAAAUCUCACAACCCUAAAUCUCACAAUCUUAACUACAGUAUUAAUCUUUUCAGUUUUUCACCCAACAAGACACUUGAAUCUAUAUGCAUUCACUCGACAUGUGUAUAUUGUAAGAUUUCAUUGUUUGCACUGAGUAUGAAUCAGCUCAGUUUGUAAACUUAAAACAAAAAACAAAUUCUGGUAAUGCCUUCCUUUUUCGAUCAAUUGCUGUGUGUAGCUAAUUGAGUUAUCCACUCUAUCAUAUGGCUUGUCAAGAGGGCACAUGACUAGGUGUAAUUUCCUUGUGUGUUGAUGGUCCUAAAUUCAUGUCUAUAAGCAGCUAACUACAAAAAUUUUUAUUGGUAUAAUUUACAAAACUUAAUGGAUGUGUUGCUUGAGUAUUCAAAUUUAAUGCUUCAUUUUUUUUUGGAAUAUGCUUGCUAGAGGAUUAUGUUCUUGUUGGUGAUGUAAUGAUUAAUGAUGAUUACUUCCUUCCUAUGGUGAGUUCAUGUGUUCCUUUGGUUCCUUGUUGAUAUUUUGAAGCUUGAUCGUUACUCUUUUCCAAACUAUUCCUUUCAGUACUAGCUUUUUUUUUUUUUUUAAGGCCAACUUUUUUAGAACCAGUUGAGUCUUUAAUUGUAUAACCUGCAUUGCACAGAGCUUUUCACUGCACUAAAGGAGUGGGAAGAAAUGUUACAUGCUAGCUGCCAGGGACCUCACAAUUACAUGGGGUGAUACUCCUCGUUAUUGGAGUUGGAACUCCGUACCAGAUUCCAGGUUCCCUGAGGUUGCGGAGCUUCUCGCAGUUUGUUGGUUUGAAAUCAAUGGAAUGAUUAGUACUUGCAAGCUUUCUUCAAUGACACAUUAUAAAGCAUACCUUGUGUUCAAGCUGACAGCCACAGUUUAUGGAUUUGGAAAUGAACCUAUAGAAGCUACUAUUCAACUUAGUGGAACUGGAGAUUUACAACGAACUGUGUUUCUGCAUGCAGAAGGUGAAGAUGUACAAAAUGAUUACCGAUACCCAAUAGAGAGGGAAGAUGGUUGAUACCCAAUAGAGAGGGAAGAUGGUUGGUUAGAGCUAGAGUUGGGUGAAUUCUUCAAUGAAGGAGGUCAAGAUGGCAAAUUGGAAAUACGGAUUUUUCGUUUCAAUGGUCGCUGGAAGGGCGGUGUCAUUAUUGAAGGCAUCGAAAUCAGGCCAAAUUAGCAGGACAUGUCAAGACCUUCUUCCACUCUUUGUAUUUUGUGUGGUAAAACAUUGCUCCUUGUGUUAAAUUGCGAUUGUCAUGCACUAGUCUUCAUAAAUAUUUGAGUUCUACUGUUAUCUAGACGCGGUUUGUAAAAUCUUUAUUUAAACAAUGCAUGCCUAAUCUAUAAAGUUAAUUACUAGUU